AAAGCCUGCCGCUAAUCAUCUUGGGAUGACGGCCCGGCACCCAGCACACAAACAGCGACAGUCCCGAGGGUUCAGCCCACUCUGGCGACCUCGACAGUCAGAGAGGAAGGGGCGGGGGUGCGAGCACCUUCGGAUCUACGCCGCCCAGGGCGCACCGGAAAGCUGCCGCGAGCCGGGGUGGGCUUCCGCUGGGAAUAAGGGCUCGCCUUUUUGCGGGACACAGGCCCUGGCAAACCUGAAGCAUGACUCACCGAAAAGCGCAGGCGCAGUUCCGGAGCCUUCAGCCGCCCAGUGCCCACGGAGAACUUCCGAUCACCCGGACUGGGACAACGUCAAGGCUCAGCCAAUCCAAGCCCACAGGCCGGCGCACGUGGUCCUGGGACCCAGUGCAUGCGCGCUAGGGAAAUGGCUGCCGUGGGACUGCGCUCGCGCGGCUUCCUAGAGGAGGAGCCAUGGCCCCGCCCCGGGCCCGAGAGAAAGAAACUGCACUUUCGUUUUUUAGCAGCAAAGUUUGUUGAUGUACUUUACAACUUAUCUUUUCUGCUUCUACUCAGGACAGUCAAGACAGUGCUCAGCUAGAUGUUCACAUAACUGUAGACAUAAAUGUGAAUCUAUUUAACGCAGUAAUUAAUUCAAAAAGUGUUUUUAGCAUCCUAGCAUGCAUCAGUUGAUAUGAAAGUAGUAAAUGUUAAUUGAGUGGUCUUGUGCAUCCUGGACUUCUCAUCUGUGCAUAUUCUCAUUCUUUGCCUGCAAAGGGCCAGUAAAAGCACAGUGAUGGUUGAACGAAUGUGACAGCCUCCUUUGCUGAUGCCUUACCCCAAGGUAAUUUGGGGAAAGGUUCAGGGAAACAGAGUAUCCAAUCCAAUACUCUGGACUGGGUGCUGGCAGGAAGGAGGGCGAUUGUAUGAUUAAGUAUCAUAAUAAAUCUUACCUAAAAGGAGGGGAGACAAGACCAGUGACUCAUUAACUGGGAUAGGGGAUGUUUGGUCAUUUUUGUGGUUUGGACAAUGUUUACGUUUUUUCAGCAUUCCCACGUGAUUACAAAGGAGUCUUGUUUUUGUCUUGAUCCAUCUGGUCAAAGAGUGGCCACGUCUGAUGGUGUUCUGUGAAGUAUUUAUGUUCCACGCAGCACCAAGGCCCAGCUGUGACUGCCGGGGCAGCUCAGAGCUGUCAGGGGUUACUUUUUUCUUGCUGUCUAUUAUAGGGCUAAAAUGUUUAAGGAUUAUAUAAUACCUUUUUAAAGAAAAAAUUAUUUGGCUGGGCAUGGUGGCUCACGCCUGUAAUCCCAGCACUUUGGGAGGUCGAGGCAGGCGGAUCAUGAGGUCAGGAGAUCGAGACCAUCCUGGCUAACACGGUGAAACCCCGUCUCUACUAAAAAUACAAAAAAUUAGCCAGGCGUGGUGGCACGUGCUUGUAAUCCCAGCUACUUGGGAGGCUGAGGCAGGAGAAUCGCUUGAACCCGGGAGGCGGAGGUUGCAGUGUGCUGAGAUCGAGCCAUUGCACUCCAGCCUAGCGACAGAGCAAGACUUGGUCUCAAAAAAAAAAAAAUUAUUUAAUGACACUUGUCACUUGUUAAAGCAUGGUAAGGAAGACUUUUUUCAGGACCACUGAGAUAGACAUAGGUACCACUGCAACAGGGUCUUGCAGUGGGGAAGAGAGAUUGGGCUCAACUUCAAUUGUAGCAUGGAAAAGUGAGAAUUUAUAGCCAAGGAGCAAGGUAGGGGGGGUCAGUGGAUGGAAAAUUAUUAAGAGGAAACAUCAGGGGUAAGGGGGAUUCUGUCUAAACCAACCUGACAAGAUUCUUGCUGAAGACGGGCCAGGGUGAUCAGAUGUCACCUGGAGGUUGGUGGAGGAUGAGGAACCAAAUCAGAUAUUAAGGGUGAUCAGAUAUUGAGGGUGGUUGCUUUUGGCUAAACUGAUUUAUGAAGGCUUUUUGCUAAAACUGGAUUUUACAAGGAAGUGCACAGAUAGGCCUAGUCAGGAGACUGACUAAAGUUUGGUUGGAAAAGAAUGCUUGAUAAUCUUUACUUUUGCCUGUUAAAAUAAAAAAAAAAAUUGACGUAAUUUAAAUUUGGCAGAGUUUAUGUGAGCAAAGAAUGAUUCAUGAAUCGGACAGCACUCAGAAUCAGAAUAGGUUCAGAGAGCUUUGUGGGCCGUGAGUAUUUAUAGACAGAGAAUGGAAGUAAAAUACAGAAAUAGGCUGAUUGGUUGCAAUCAAUGAUCAGAUCAUUUGGAUAUGAUCUGAGAAGUUGGCAGCUUGUGAUUGGCUGAAGCUUGUCUGCUUGUGUUUGGCUGAGACUUGGCUGUUUAUUAUACUCUUCCUUAGGUUAAGCUUUCAGUGUAUUUAUGUACUAAGUUAAAUUGCAAUUCAUUGUGUAGAAAAUCAAAGUACAGAGACAGCCUUGAGCCAAUAGCCUCCUGCUUAUUUAAUUUAACAUGCUUUAAUGGUAUUUCUCUUCUCAUUGUUACUUUUUUGGUUCAUUUUAUGAGUACUCUUGCCCCACUUUGUAAACACUGAUUUAAAAAUCCGAAGGACUAUUGGCUCCUAGACCAACCAUCUCUAGUUUUAGACAGUUACCUAGGAAAAAUACUUUCUUUGUGAUCAGAUUUGUAACAUGCAAUUCUUAAAAUAUCUGAUAUUUCUCAAAACAAUGGCACUCAAACUAUGAAAGGCUCAAUCUGAAGGAGUCAGUUUGGAAACUAGAAGUUACUACAGAAGUGGUCAUUAGAGCUUUGAGGCAUAUUAUAAUCAAUUUCUUAUGAACUCUAUACUGAAGAAAAAAACAGAAAUUACUCAAAAGUCUAAAAUCAAAAACAACCUAGUGUUUUCUCUGGUGUGAAGGAUAAGACCAUUAUUUCAACUAAGAGGCAAGCUAUAAUUACUGCGUAGUCCUGCCCCGUCUACUACAGUAGCCACAUGUGGCUAUUCAGAUAAAAUUUAAACUUCAGUUCCUCAGUUGCACUAGCUAAAUGUCAAGUUCUCAAUAGCCACCUGUGGCUAGUGGGUACCAUAUUGGAUAGCACAGAUAUAGAACAUGCUCAUUGCUGUAGAAAUUUCUGGCUGAGUUCAUCUGGAAUGAAUCUAGGGCUGCCAGUGGAUUCUAAAGAGGUUGCUGAAAAGUUUGUUCUUUUGGGCAAUUUAAAAAUGGAAUGCCUAUAAAAGUACUCACAUCUAUGAUAAUUUAUCAUGCAUAGUUUUCAGGCCUUUGUUUUAAAAUCAUCUUUCAGCUGCUUCAAUACUCUGGAAUUCUCUUUGAUAAAUUUCCCUUAGUGCAGCGGAAACCUCUUUUCAAUCCUUAUUAAGUGUCCGAGUGGCAAUAUAUUAAUAGAUAUUCUGAGCUCAUGCAGACAGCCCUUUCCUGCGAAUUCCCAAGGAAGAGAGACAAAAUCUUAUGGGCCUUCUCCAGAGGCUAAUGUUACACAUUGCUGAGGGAACAGUUACAGAUGUUUUCCAUGGAAUGAGGUCAUAGAAACUGCCUCUUUCUGGGUUCUGAGGUGCCGGCCGGUGUUCAUUUCCUGAUAAAACACCAGGACCAGACACUGGGCUUAACUGGGGAUGUUCUUAUAAGUCACAGUACAUAAGGCAUGGGAUUAAAACGAUGAAGAGUUCCCUUGAAAUCUCAGGAGUUACAGAAUAUUAGGAAAUAGAACAAAAAGUCAUACAUUAUAGAAACAGAAACCUUAUGUUUAAGUUCUGCAACGUAUUUCUCAGACUUAUGCAGGUGAAAUGACAGAGAAGCAGCGAACAUGGUAUCUCCAGUGAACAUCCCCAGAGGCUUCCAGAAGAGCUAGUUCCACGGGUCAGGCAGUCCCUGGCUGGUGGGCCACAGAUUGCUUAAACCAACCUAAUACCUCUUUUGUUCUUUGGAGGGGCCCACUUUGGAGAUUUUUUGGAGGACCCUCCCUUUGCUGGUAGCCCCUUAUUACCCAUUCCAUGGUUCAGAUGCUGCACCCUCUGGUUAACCGCUGGCUCCUGCUUUUGGUAGCACAUCCCACACAAACUUUUUCUGUCGGGUUACCUCACCUGCAGGCCUGCUGGUCAGGGUCCUUCCAAGACAGCCUAGGCCCAGCUGCUUGCUUGAUGUGCACUUAGCCCAUGGGAACAACCCAGCGGCUCUGCUCCCCGCCCAGCCCUGGAAGCAGGGCUGUUCCCUCUGCAGCCCUUCUCGUCAUCUUCACAGUUGGUCUUAGGUAGUUCUAGCUGGCUUCUCGCCUAUUCAUUGUUUUUUGUUGUUGUUGUUGUUUUUUUUUUUUUUUGGAGAGUCAGACACCAUUCUACAACAGGGGCACCUGUCAAUCUCUCUGAGUGGUUCUCUCAAAGUCACCCUCACUUGCCUUGGAGUGGGGGUGGGAAGGAAGCUUCCAGAACUGUAACAACCCUCUUUCACUGUUGCCUUCUCCUGUACAUAAGCUGAAGAGUGGCAAACGGGCAUGGGUGACAGGAGUUUUUGGCUCAUCAUUUAGUAAGCCCUGGGUAAAUGGUCUAACAUCUCUCAUUAGAACCAGCAGACACUUAACUUUGUGCUCUCACCUUUGGGGCCUUGGACAAAACUCUGAGUCAGGAAAUAUCCCAUUUAACACCUUCUUGUACCUGUAGUAAUCUCCAGAUCAGUUCCAUACCUCUUAUUCUCCUUUUCUAUACCAUUUGUCCAUUUUGCUAAUUUCUCUAGAAGGUAUGUUAUUCUACCGUAGAUUUAUGGCAACAUUUAGUGGAGGAAUGAUGAAGGACCAGAAAGUCUGGCUUCAGUCACCUCUUGGUUGAUAUGGUUUGGCUGUGUCCCCACCCAAAUCUCAUCUUGAAUUGUAGUUCCUAUAAUGCCUAUGUGUUGUGGGAGGGACCUGGUGGGAGGUAAUUGAUUCAUGGGAGCAGUUACCACCAUGCCGUUCUUAUAAUAGUGAGUUCUCAUGAGAUCUGAUGGCUUUAUAAGGGGUGUUUCCCCUUUUGCUCUGUACUUCUCCUUGCUUUCACCAUGUGAAGAAGGAUAUGUUUACUUCCCCUUCCGCCAUGAUUGUAAGUUUCCUGAGGCCUCCCCAGCCCUGCAGAACUGUGAGUCAAUUAAACCUAUUUGCUUAUUAAAUUACCCAGUCUCAGGUAUUUCUUCACAGUGGUGUGAGAAUGUACUAAUACAUUGGUGCAUAUCAUAAGAGGAAAAUUCAGAGGCAGUGCAACAUCUUUACUAUUUUGUUACUAGGGAUUCUUCAAAAUUCUCUUUAAUCAGAAAAAUAUAGAACACUUACAAAAUGAAAUGGAACAAGGGGACACCAACUCUACUCAAAGACCUCUGCCUGCCUGCGCAGUUGCUGUUUCCAUUGCUAUGAAGAAAUCCAAACUGAGGCCUGUCAUCUGGGGUUUUGUUCUGCCAGAGUGGCUUGUGACCAGGAGUAGUACAGUCUGGAGGUGAUCCUGACAUGUGGACUGCCCCAUGAAAUGCCUCACUUCAUUUUGGUUUUUGAGUCUUUGUUUUAAAGGGAAGUAGUUUUGUAACAGCAGUUCAUCGGCAUAG